ACACAAAACAUUUUUUAAGGGAAUCAUUAUGUGGAUCCUGCACGACAUCAACACUCGAGACAUGUAUAUUUACAAUUUGAUGGAGUUAAUAGACAUAACAGGAUUAACAAAAGAAAGUUUAUUGAAGUAUAUUUAUAAAAAGGCGGGAAAUCAUAGCGCUAUUAUCAAAGACAUCGAAUAUUGUUAUUAUAAUCAAAUUGAAAAUAAGAAUCAUAAGCUUCUACUGCAAGAUCUAUUUGGUUUGAUAUGCGUUGGUAAACUUGAUGGGGAACUUCAUGUACAACGUUAUAAUUCUAUACUAAAGCAGUGGUACCAACCUCGUAAAAUUAUCGAUCGUUACCUUUCUUCGGCUAUCCAAAAUGGAACCAUAUUGAAUAACAUUUUUUACUAUUUGGUUAUUGAUAACAGUUGUCCAAAAAAUGUUCAACUCAAUUUAGCAAGUUUCAAUUUGUUAACAGAACAAAAUACUGUUCUAAGAAGUUCAGAGCAAUUGUUAAGGUGUAGUGCAAUGUGUGCAAGCCAAAAGUUUCUAUAUUUGUGUGGUGGCCAAAGAAAAGAUGGAUCUGUAUCAAAUCAGGUUGUGAGAUUUAAUCCGCGAAAGAAUUCAUUCAAGAUGCUUACUCAAAUGCCAACGAAAAGAUAUAAUGCAACCGCUAUUUUUGAUGAAGGGUAUCUGUACGUUAUUGGUGGUCGUAACAAGUCAGCGGAACUAGUUGAUGCGGUUGAAAUGUAUGAUGCUGGUACGAAAAAGUGGUCGAAGUUGGCACCGUUGAAUCCACCACGUGUAGGAUUUGGAGUAUCAGUUCUAGACAAUAACUUGUAUAUUGCUGGAGGAUUGAAAUACAGCAAGGGCCAAAGAAAAUAUUGCAGAAGUGUAAAAGUUUAUAAUCCGUUGUCGGAAAGAUGACAAUUAAUGGCCAGUAUGAAAAGAAAGAGGUUCGAGUUUUAUAUGGUUGUUUAUAAAGGAAAGUUGUUAGCUAUAGGAGGUACUAGAGAUGCUGAAACCGUUGAAAUAUAUGAUCCACAGAAAGAUAAAUGGCAAACAAAUGAUAAAUUAUCGAUGAAUUUUCGACUAGAUAGACCCAUCGUUACGCUGUACUGAUUUAAUUAGCUGUAAGUGUUACUUAACGAGUGUAUAAUAAGAAAAAGAAGUUCAUUUCCGUAUAAUGUUUUAGAGUAAUACAAAUUCGUUUACCUGAUCCAAUUCAUUUUAAUGAUAAUGAAAAACUAUUGGAAGAUAUUCUGUAAUGGAUGAAUGUAAUUUACAUAUUUUCAUUUGUACUUCGAGUUAAGCCGAGCAUUUAUUUAUUAAAGUUUUAUCGUAUUUCGUUUCACAACUAUCAACUUGCAAAGCGACUAAAAAUUUUGAUUAUACUUAGUUUUUUAAUACUGUCGUUGUUAACUAGACAAUGAUCUUUAUGAAUGUACAGUAUCUUAAAUUCGGCAUUAUCUCUCUUUAGUGGUACUUGAAACUUUAUUUUGAAAAAUUUCUCAAUCGUUAUCUCUUUAUAAAACUUUUUCAUGAUUACUAAUUUUUCAACAUUAAAACUUAUUUUAUCAGUAGAUAAAAAUGUAGUAUGCAUCGGGCAAACUGGAAACAAUGCUUGUGCGAUUAGCUGCUUAUCAAUUAAUCGCACUAAUAGUCAAAUUCCUCA